UUCACUUCCAAUCUCUCUCUCUCUCUCCCCGUGUUUUAUGGACACAUUUUGGUGACCAUUUGUUGUUAUCAUCACAUCCUCAGUAAACGUUGUUAUUCGAUCCUCAAAUCCUCGGAUGUUCUGAUCACAUAUUAUACCCAGAUACAAGCUGUAACGACAACAAUGGCAAGGCAAAUACGAGUGGUUGUCAUCUUCAUCUACUUGGCCAUAUUCUUUAAGGUGAGCCUUGCGAGGACCUACUCUCGGGCAAGCAUUCAGCAGGAGGUCACGAACUAUUGCCUGAGCUGGAGACUGGCUGUGGAGGCCAACAAUGUGCGAGCGUGGCGUACAGUCCCCAUGCGGUGUCUGCGCUACGUUGAGACCUACAUGAUGGGUGGGCAAUACGAAAAGGACCUUGAGCUGAUCAUGGACCAAGUCCUGAGCUAUGCAAACAGCAUCGACGUUGCCAAAGACGGGAUGGAUGCGUGGAUCCUAGACAUCGACGACACAUGCAUCUCCAACGUCUUGUACUACAAGGAGAAGAGAUACGGGUGUGAUCCAUUUGACGUGGCCGGGUUCAAGUCAUGGGCCACAAAAGGGCAAUGCCCAGCAAUCCGGCCGGUGUUGAGGCUAUUCAACAAGCUAAUCAAUGGCGGGUUUAAGGUGAUACUGCUCACCGGCAGAGACAACGAGACCCUCGGCCAGUGCACGAUCAAUAAUGUGCAGAGUCAGGGGUUCGUCGGCUAUGAAAGACUCGUCAUGAGGACGGCAGCGUAUAAGGGGCAGAGCGCAGCGACGUAUAAGUCGGAGAUAAGGAGGCAAUUGGUGGAAGAAGGCUACAGAAUCUGGGGGAACGUCGGGGACCAGUGGAGUGAUCUUCAGGGCGAUUUCCCUGGCAAUCGCACAUUCAAGCUCCCAAACCCCAUGUACUUUGUUCCUUAAACAUAUCAAAUAUGGUCUCCAAAAAAAAAAAAAAAAAAGAGUGACACGAGCCCAGCUUUUAUCAUGUAAUCAAAAAUCAAAUGUAAGAUCGACCCUCCAUAGCGACGUCAAUAACAACAAAAUCAAUUUACGUACUA